AAAACGUCGCUGUAAUCAGUUGGCUGUUGAUCCCGCUGCCGCGAGCACGAAAACAAACGCACGGUCUUAAAAAAAACGCGGUCAACAAGUUCAGUGCAGUGUUUACGUUUGUAGCAGUGUACGCUAGUUUUACAAAAACGAGUGCUGGCCGAAAAGAAAAGAAAACAAAUCGGAUGUAUCAUGUAAACACAAACUCAAACUAAGCGUAUUAAAGGCAACGUAAGCAAACCACAAUACAAACCAUAAAAUCCUAAAUGUAAAAAGUGCAAACACAACCUUCAAAACCCACCAUAUAACUAUAAGUGUAAAAAGUGCAAAACUAACUUUUGAAAACUAUGCUCUAGAACUGAAAGUGCUUACAAAAUGGACAAGUUAAUAUCGAAUGUGAAAGAGUGGUCCGGUCUCCUUGCCAGGAAGCAGCCUGAAGAGGUCACCAGGAGUCAGUAUUCCCUGGUGUCCUGUGGCGACCUGUCACCAGCUGCCUUGGAGCUAUGGCUGGGGCUACCUGAAGAAGUCAAAUAUGACCCCGCCUUGGCGCCUUUUCGGAGAUUCUAUGAGAAGGAGCAUGGUACAGUCGAAAACAUAACCCCCAGCUCCAAGAGCAGAAGCACGUCGAACAAACGCCUCCCAUUGGUCAGUUCCGCGCCGCAUCUCAACAACAACCUCACGAGCACCAAUCAGAUCUUCGACAUUAACAAUUUGAACAGCUUGAACAACAACAACAAUGUCUGCAAUGAGUUGCCGCAAUGGAAGAAGAAUGAUCCCAGCUGUGAAAAUGAUCCAGACACAACACAUAAACCAUCGAAAAUGGCGCGGCUCCGGCACUGCACCAAGAUGUCGCUGCUGCUGGCCACCUGGAUGUUCUUCACCCUCAUCUUCAUGAUGUACAGCGAGAAGGAGGUGGUCACCCGACAGUCGUCCAUAGCUCCGGGCGAACUGAAAGAUUACCCAAUCCAAUCAACGGAAGCCGAUCUCAAAGUCCACUUAAAACUGACCGGACCCUUCCUAUCCGAGCAGAGUGAACAGAAACUAAACGCUACAGAAGUAGAAACUGCAGCUAAAAUGGAAGUGUGGAUGAUGAAGUGGCUGGCUGAUGGAACUGUGGAGAGGACGCACACAUGGGACAUACUGAUCGAAAACGACGACAGCCUAGACUUCUCCGUCGGCGAAACGAGAUCUGCACUUCUCAAGUUCCACAGAGAAGCUAAUUCUAGACGAACUGAUAAUGCUAAUGCUACAGAAGCUACUUCAGCUGCUAGUGAAGCUACUAGUGCUAAUGCAACUUACGCACUAAGAAUGCAGACGACGUCAAAUAGAUCUCUGCCGUUCAGUAUGACGUAUACUAAACAGCCUUUGGAUUCAACAACCGGUGUGCUAUGCUCUUGUGUGUUGCUUAUUGGGCUGUACACUUUGAUCAUUUUUGAGAUAAUAAACAGAACGAUGGCAGCAGUAGUCGUCUCCACCACCUCCAUCGCCGUGCUAGCGUUCUUCGGCGAGCGCCCCUCCCUGCCCGAGCUGAUCUCCUGGCUGGAUGCAGAGACACUCCUGCUGCUGUUUUCCAUGAUGCUGCUGGUGGCCAUCAUGGCUGAGACCGGCAUGUUUGACUUCCUGGCUGUCUUCACUUUUGAGGUGACGAAGGGCAAGAUGUGGCCUCUCAUCAACCUGCUCUGUGCCAUCACGGCGCUGCUGUCCACCUUCCUCGACAACGUCACCACCGUGCUGUUGAUGACGCCUGUCACCAUCAGACUCUGCGAGGUGAUGGAGCUGGAUCCGGUGCCGAUCCUGAUGUCGAUGGUAAUGUACAGCAACAUCGGCGGCACGGCCACGCCCGUGGGAGACCCUCCCAACGUCAUCAUCGCGUCUAACAAGGCCGUUGUCAACUCCGGCAUUAACUUCACGAACUUCACGAUGCACAUGACGGUGGGAAUCUUGUUCGUGGCGGUGCAGACGUACCUGCAGCUGCGGUUCAUCUACCGCGACACCAACAAGCUGCGGCUCAACGUGCCCGCCGAUAUACAAGAGCUCCGCCAACAGAUCUCAAUAUGGCGUCGCGCGGCUGAAUCCCUGCCGCACCUCAGCAAAGACCAGCUCGUGGUCAGAGAACGACUGGAGAAGAAGAUCAGGAAGCUGAAUGUCCAACUGGAGGACAAGGUCAAGGAGAGGACGAAGCGGGCAUGCCCCAAAGACACGUUUCAGAAGACCUUGGAUGAGAUGAAGCAAAAGUACAAAAUCCGCGACGUGUCUCUUCUGGUGAAGGCGACGGUUGCUAUCACAUUCGUCGUGGUCGUGUUCUUCUUGCACUCGAUACCUGAACUAAACCGUGUAUCCCUAGCCUGGACGGCGCUACUCGGCGCCAUCUUGCUCCUGAUCCUGGCGGACCGCGAGGACCUGGAGCCCAUCCUGCACCGCGUGGAGUGGUCCACGCUGCUGUUCUUUGCCGCGCUGUUUGUGCUUAUGGAGGCUCUAUCGAAGUUGGGUCUGAUCGCCUACAUCGGUGGAUGGACGGAGUACAUUAUUCUGAGCGUGGACGAGAGCUACAGGCUGGCUGUGUCGCUUAUAUUGAUGUUAUGGGUGUCAGGCCUAACCUCGGCGUUCGUGGACAACAUCCCGCUGACGACGAUGAUGAUCCGCAUCGUGACGUCACUCGGCGGGAAUCCGAACCUGGGACUUCCGCUCGCGCCGCUGAUAUGGGCGCUGAGCUACGGCGCUUGCUUGGGAGGUAACGGCACACUAAUAGGCGCCAGCGCCAACGUGGUAUGCGCGGGAGUGGCGGAACAACACGGCUACCGGAUCACUUUCAUGCAGUUCUUCAAAGUCGGCUUCCCCGUCAUGAUUGGCCAUCUUGUGGUCGCUUCUUGCUAUCUGUUGGUCUGUCAUUGCGUCUUUACGUGGCAUUGAAAACUACCGCCUACGGGUGAGGCCCCAUUGGUGCGUUGCGUUAGAUGGUGCAAAAAUGAGGCCUCGCUCUACAUGGACUUUUGGUAACGUUUUGAUUGUAUGGUCCGACUACAUGUGUUUAUUAAACUGACAUUGUGGAGAAUACAAUAGGUACAUGGGCUAAUGGGGAGUUGCAGAAAGGAACUUUAAGGUAAUGUCGGCAUUAAAUCUGUGUUUGUCUCUUCUGUCCGAUCAAGGCUGUAAUAGAUUUAAUGCCGACGUUAGCUUAAAGUUCCUUUGUGCAACUCAUAGUUAGUAUUUGUUUUUUUUUUAUUGGACUGUAUUUUUAUUUAAUAUAUUCAUGCAGUUCUUCAGAGUCGGCUUCCUUGUCAUGAUCGGCCAUCUUGUGGUCGCUUCUUGCUAUCUGUUGGUCUGUCAUUGCGUUUUUACGUGGCAUUGAAAUGUAGGUCUAGUACAGGCUUGAUAGAUUAGAUUGUCUUGCAUACAAAGUGGCGCCUCUAGCGGAAACUAUCAUGAAACUUUUGACAGAUGAUGCAUGCAGGUGACAGAAGAAUUUUUUCGUUUACGUAAAUUGCAAAACCCGUACUAGAGGCCAUGGUCUGACUAAAGACUAUUCUUUUAUCUCAGAUACAAAAUUCACAAGUGCAAUGAAUGUUUAGUUGUGAAAUAUUAUUAUAAAAAUGUUAUUCAUUUCGACAUUUAUCGCACUUGUCAAUUUAGUAUCUGAGAUAAAAGAAUAGACUUGACAUGGGCUUUGAUUUUAUGGUCCGACUAUUUAUGUAUUAUGUUUUUUGGACUGUAUUUUUAAAUAAUAUAAAGUUUCAACCCCGUAUUCGUAAAAAAAACUGUAUUUUUAACAAAGGCUUUAAGCGAUUACGUGAUACACGAAUUUUGGCUGAGAGAGUCGAAACUCAUGGUUUUCUCAUACAAAUAAUUAUAAAUUUCAAUAAAUACGGAGUUUAAAAUGAAGCUACAGUGUUUUCGUCACAAAAUUUCAAGAGUAUUGUGAGUGUUUCUAAAAAAAAUAAAAUUGUACAAAAUACCUUACAAUUGUGUGUUUGGAUAUAUGCAUCUAUUUUUGGAGCAAUCUUUUCAUUUUUUUAAGGAUUUCUUUGUAUAAAAGUGUAUUUUUCUACCUUCAGAAAGUGAAUGAAAUAUUUAAUAAAAAAUGUUUAUGAAUAAGUCUGUGAUAACGAUGUUGAAUACCUACUACGGUACUUAAUUGUGUAAUACCUACAAUAUUGUCGGAAAGUUGCUACUUUUUAUAUAGAUUUUAAAUGUCACAUGAUGUUUUCAUAAUAUGGUACUUUGGUUGCGUUCACAGUAUGUAAAAUGUUUGCCACCGACUAAGUUAGAGGCGUAUCGGUAUAGUAUGCCGAGUGUUAUCAGACCCCUUAGCAUGAAUUUUAAUCGUGAACGUGACGUGAAAGUACUCGAUGAAUUUUGUAGGGAAAUUUUAUUUCUGCUACCGACCGCCAGGGGCGGUUUUCAUAUUGUCAUAUAAAAUUUCUCGAUGAAUUCUACUUUACGUUCAUGAUGAAAAUUCAUGCUAAGGGGUCAGUUUGCUAGUUUUGUGCUCUUAGUAAAGGUAAGGCCCCGUUGGUGAAUUGCGUCGCGUCGUUCCAAAGGAACGGUCAUACAUAACAAAAUUUAAAGGAACGUAACGCUCUAAUUUGGCCUCGCCCUCAGAGACAGUUUGCCUACUGGAAACGCAGCCAUAUACAGAGUGUUGCAAAAAGGGUAUACUAAGCCGAGACCUACAUGUGCAGCAUGGUAUAUCUAAGCCCGAAAA